AUGUUGUUGGUAGGAUUAACGCUUUUUUACUUUACAAAUUUAGUCUACUCUGAUUUGGACAAUUUAAUUGAUAAAGACGAUCAUGAACAGACCCUAUCCAUUAGGACGACUCUGUCCCUAUUCGCGUUCAAAACCUGUCUCAAGUUCGUGCCAGUUCUGGACCGGCCCACCGGCUCCCAGCACACGAUGGUAUUUGAAAAUCCUAAAGGCGUCAGAAAAUGUGUGUUCAACAUCGACGGGCACCCAACUGAAGAGCCGCAUAAAGUAAUUCUUGGAUACGACUGUCUGAAAUCGCCACAGAUUGACAUGAUGGUGAUGAGGGCGUUGGGAUUCCCAUUCGAGCACAACCGCUCCAUUAGAGAAAUGUAUAUCGACGUGCAGUUUCAGAACAUCGAAACAGUCCAGUUGCCUUUCGCUUAUCGUGAAAACAUGUAUCUUUUGAACGAGCAACAAUUUAAAUUGUACGAAAAUAUUUUUAUUGAGACUAAUAUUCUAUCGCCGGAUUACGAUGGAGUUAUACUUGUACUGUACCCGGACGAGAUGAAAGUAAAGCUUCCGAGACAUAUCGGGAGUUUUGUUGAAGGUAUAUCCAAGCUUGAUAAGCACAUACACAAAGUUGCUACGGUAUGGCAUUGCGACUACGUUUCGGGUGGAAGAAUAAUUUUGGCACCGACUGGCGAUAUCACACCCUAUCACGACGCGAAAGUCAUUAAGGAUGCUGUGAAGAAAGGCAUGAUACGAGCAAUGGAUGCGGGGGUUAAAAAACCAUUGCUAAUCGUGCAGGAUGUCGUCAAUUUCCCGGAUGGACAACUUGUUGAGAUUCUUAGUGCUUUAGAAUCUCUUUACGCGCCUCUGCAGAUGAGGGAACGCAACAAUUUGAGAAGUUUCAUACGUCUGGGUUUGCACUCGGAAGAGAAAAGGACUGAGGACUUUGAAAGGAUCAUUAGAAACGCUAUCGCAUUGGAGAGGGCGAGAAUCUUUGCUAGGGAUAUCGCUGGCGGUGAUCCCGAAAGAAUGUCACCGGCAAAAAUCGUUGAAUACGUUAAGAAUUCAUUCGCUGGAAUCACUAAUAUCACAAUCAAAGUUAUAGAUGAUGAGUCCGUUAUUGCAGAGGAAUAUCCCCUUUUAGCUGCAGUAUCAAGAGCUGCGAAUCGCGUGGAGAGACACAAAGCUAGAGUUGUAGAAUUGGAAUACAAACCUUCGGAUUUAAAUAGAGUCACUGAGACGCUCAUGUUGGUUGGGAAGGGUGUCACUUACGACACUGGUGGUGCUGACGUCAAAAUUUCUGGCAAAAUGGCCGGCAUGUCGAGAGACAAAAGUGGAGCCGCGGCUGUGGCCGGGUUUCUCAAAGCCUGUUCUCUACUCAAACCACCUCAUUUAAAAGUUGUCGGGGUGCUGUGUCUUUGUAGAAACUCCAUUGGAGAGGAUUCUUAUGUAUCUGAUGAACUAUUGAUUUCUAGAAGUGGUAAAACUGUUAGAGUGACGAAUACAGAUGCUGAGGGUCGCCUAGCGAUGGCUGAUUCACUUUUUAAGUUAUCAGAAAUAGCUGGCAAGGAGUUGAAUCCACAUAUUUACACGGUGGCCACUUUAACUGGUCAUGCGAGGGCUUGUUAUGGGAAUUACGUUGCCGCUAUGGACAAUCACAGCGCUCGAGCUACCAACCAUUCCAGCAGACUUCAGGUCAAUGGUGGCCGAAUGGCCGAAGGUAUAGAAGUGUCCAUAAUUAGACCGGAGGAUCUAGCAGUGAAUUUGGGCAAAUGUAAAGGUGAUGAUUUAGUUCAGUAUGACACGGACGCAAAAGCUCGCAACCAUCAGUUAGCAGCUGGAUUUCUGAUCAAGGUUGGAGGCGCUUUGGAACUAUACACUCAAGACGCGAAGCUUCCUCCAGAGCUGCACGCCCUGCCCUAUGACGUCAAUAGCGUGAUGCACUUUGGUGACCGAGAUUUCAGCAAAAACGGUCACAGGACUAUUUUAUUUAAGGACUACAACGUCCAGCAGAACCGGAAAGGUCUGUCUGAUUUAGACUUACGAAAAAUAGAAAUUGUUUAUGGGCCGGAAUGUCAGAAGCGAGACCGCCAAGAGAAGAUAAAACUCUGUCAGAACUACCCAGAAGUAGCCAGAAAGAAAAGAGAUGCAGACUUUAUAAUUAAUGGCUCAAGCUUACGCAUCAACCGAGAAAUAACAGCCCCACCUGAAAAAACCCUUACAAAAGAUGAAACUAACACUCUACUCGAGUUAGGAAUAGGGAAAGAAGUCAAAGAAAUCAUGGAUAGAGUGUAUAAAGUCUCUUCUAUAGCUCUGAUGAAUACUAGAGCAAAAUACUGCAAUGAUACAAAACCAAAUCUGAGAUCAAAUACAAAUUCGAAUGAAAAAGUUGCCGACAUGUUAGGAAUAGUUAAAACUGUAACAAAAUAUGUUCAAUCAAUAGUCGACGAUGCCAUAAAGAAUCAAAAAGAGUUUUGCGAAAUGUACAAAUCAUUGGAUCAAUACCAACGUGACAGUUAUAGAACAACUAGAUCAGACAGAGUUCAACAUCUCACUCAGUACAGACCGACGAUCUUCCAGGGGACAAAACAUCAUAGUAAAGGAGUUAAAAAUCAACAUGACCGUAUCGUUUAUAGAACUGGUAACGACACAGAUAAAGAAGUCACUAGGGCGAGAAGAAAGAGAGCUGUUGAAUCAAUUACAAAAGCAGUUGCAUCAAAAGGUGAAUCAGAUAUCACUUGGGUUAGGAGAAAAAGAGCAGUAAACUUUGCCUCAGAAAUUGAAGGUAUUAAUACGAAUGUUCAAUCUGAUGAUAUCAAAGUGAGAAAUAAGAGAUCUGCAGCUACAGAAGCAGUCACAAAAGUAAUCGAACCAAAAGGUAGCACUGGAAAUCAGAGUUUAAAUAAGGAACAAAAACCAACAGAGAGCGUUAAAUUAACUAAUAAAGAUUUAACGACUGCACCUAAUUUGAACGAAAGAAUCACCGUCGCAAAGACAAGUCCAAAAAUAAAUGACGGUAAAACUAAUAUGAAAUCUCUGGGCAGAAGGCGUUUCCAAGAUAGUCCUUUUAGAGUCUACAAUCGAAAGAAGAACAAUGAAGAAAAAGACGAAUCCGACUUAUCACUGGAGGCAAAACAAGAAGCAAUUAUCGCUAAGCAAGUGAAACCGAUAAAGAAAAAUUAUUUACCGCAGAAUAAGAAAAAACCCAUCAAGAAUUGGUCAGAAGUGAAAAGAGCACAAAGAAAAUCGAACGGACCAGUUCCGAAGACUGUGAAGCUCUCCAAAGCAAAUGAAGAGUUCUACGCCGACAGACGCUGGCCUGACGGGGUUGUCAGAUAUAUUAUUAAGGAAAUACCAAAAUAUGAUUUGGACGACUUACGCUCACGUCUUGAGGAAGUAAACAGAAUUUUGAAGGAUGAGACCUGCGUGCGCCUUGAGGAAAUAACUUCAGACGAGACGAGCUUAUAUAAUGAUUACCUGGUGCUGGAUAACAGCCCAGAUUAUGUCACUGGAAGAGUUGGUGGGCGGCAGGUAAGUUAUAUAACCAAUUUACUGAAUUUUACGGCCCAAUACUCAAUAUACGGCUAA